ACGGCCGAGUUCCCCGCCAUCUACGUGGUGGCCGCUUACGUCCCCAACGCCGGACGAGGUUUAACCCGAUUGGACUACCGUCAGAGGUGGGACGUGGCCUUCCGGGCAUAUCUGACUCGUUUGGAUUCCCAAAAACCGGUGGCCCUUUGCGGCGACCUCAACGUCGCCCAUCAAGAAUUAGAUCUCCGCCAUCCCGGUCCCAACCGUCGCUCGGCCGGCUUCACGGCGGAAGAACGGGAAGGUUUCGGAUCUCUCUUGGCCGCCGGUUUUUUGGAUUCUUUCCGUCAUCUUUACCCCACUUUGCCCCACGCGUACACCUUCUGGACCUACUUGGGGGGCGCCCGCCAACGCAACGUGGGCUGGAGGUUGGAUUAUUUCGUCCUCUCCCGUCGUUUGGAAGGGGCGUUGUGCGACAGUAAGAUCCGCUCCCGGGUUUUGGGAAGCGAUCACUGUCCCAUCACCCUCUACCUGGCGCUCUAG